CUCGCUUUCGUCAGGAGAAGGAUCAGGAAUACUGGCGCUUCUCCUCGCCUGGUGCUACCCUUCGGGGUCCUCACUGUGAUGACUGUGCGUAUUAUUAGAUUUUUCUGCUACUUGAGCUCUUGAUAUCGUGGCGUCUACAGAAAGGUUCAAUUCUCCGCUAUCCUUCCAACAGUGCUCUCACUCCUCUCCCCUCUGUAGGAUAGGAUCGCUUCUCGAAUUGAGGGUGUACAUGAGAAAUGUCGUCAAAUUCUGGCCAGAUUCCGACCCCUUCUAAAGCAGUCAAUAUCCCAAAUCAGUCGGUAUCUACGACAUACUACUCCACCUCCUCGUUUGAUAACGGCUCCCAAAGACGCGCAGGAGGCUCUGGUAGUUUCGGAGCAGGUUUGACAUCGAGGACUACAAGCGCUCCUAGGAACAACCAGACACGAAAAUCUCAACAUAAGCGACAAAGACGCCCUCGGCUAGAUGAUGAGGAGUAUACGGAGGCUGCCAUCAUGAGGUCGACAAAUAGCCGCAAAGGACAAACGUCCAUCACUCAUCUGAUGAAUUUCUCUAUUCCUCGUCCCCAGCACCAUCCCCCACAACGAAACACCCGUCGAUAUGCGUCCUGGGGACUAGGAUCCGGACACCAUGCCAUGGACAAGGCUCGUUAUGUCCACGCCAACUAUCGAUUUAUAGUGACACCAAACCGAGGUUACCAUGCACAGGCAGCUAAUGCCGACGUCCACUUGGACUGGGAUUCCGUGCUUCAAGUGUUGGUCUCAGCUCAGACUCAGUCUGCCAGCUGUCCGAUAUGCUUAUCCACGCCAGUAGCACCUCGAAUGGCUCGUUGCGGCCAUAUAUUCUGCCUUCCUUGCAUCAUUAGAUACAUGCACUCAACGGAUGAAGAAAACCUAGUGCCUGAGAAGAAGGCACGUUGGAAAAAAUGCCCUAUCUGUUGGGAUACUAUAUAUAUCACAGAAACACGCCCUGUACGAUGGUUCCGUGGUCAAGAAAGUGACCUACCUUUUGAAGGUGGUGACGUUGUUUUGAGACUGGUGAAAAGAGAACCGAAAAGUACUUUGGCUCUUCCCCGGGACGGUGCUCAGAGUAUUGGGCCGGAUGAGGAUGUCCCAUGGUACCAUGUCGCGGAAGUUGCCGAUUAUGCUCGCAUCAUGAAAGGGAGUGAAGACUAUAUGGUGUGCCAGUACGACAAUGAGAUAGAAGAUCUUCGGCGUCAAGAAGCAGAAGAUGAGGUUUUGUUUGGUGACGAGACUACGUGGACCCAAAAAGCGAUUGCAGCUAUCUGUGACGCUAAAACAAAGGUGCAAGGGAUUGGUAACCCGCCCGAAAUUCCGCAAAAGAUUGCACCCGGUGGGCUACCGAGAGAACCAAUUCCUGUUCAGCCACUGCCGGAUGAAGUUGCGACAAUGCAUACAUCGCGGCAUAACCUAAAAUCUGGAAAGAUCGUCCCUACAGAACCUUUGCAGUCAGGUGCCGGCCCUUCUACGUCAGGCACACAGAGUGAUGUGGAUUGUGCAACAGGGACAUUAGAGCGUGUUCACAUCGAUCCAACGCAUAGGACGAAGGCUAAACGGAGAGAUCCUGGCACCGCUCGGGCGUCCAUAUUGUACGAUCGGACCCGAGAAACAAACGGCCCUCAUCCUCCUGACUGCCCAUUCUACUUUUAUCAGGCACUACCUCAUUUCUAUCUCUCUCCCCUCGAUAUUCGCAUUCUCAAGGCUGCGUUUGGUGACUAUUCCCUGUUCCCUGCGACCAUUCUCCCUCGAGUUGAACACAUAUCCACCGGUCAUAUCGUUGAUGAUGAGCUCCGAAAGCGAGUUAAAUACCUCGGUCAUCUCCCACAGGGGUGUGAAGUAAGCUUUCUCGAAUGUGAUUGGAGGGAUGUAGUCGGACCAGAUAUCCUAGAGCGCUUUGCCGCAGAAACUGAGAGGAGAAGGAAGAGAAACAGGGAAAAAGAGGCCCGCGAAGAAAAAGAUCGUGUCCGGGCUGAGAAAGAGGAUGAGAAACAUUGGGCUGCAGUUCGCCGCAACAGGAGGUCAAGCGUCAGUGCCAUUGAUCCACCGUUCUUUGACCACGAUUUUGAGCCUUUAGCGAGCGGUUCUUCGGGCUCUGGCCCGUCAAACCAUCAUUCAUCUACAUCGCCUCCUCAAUCCUCACAUCCUGGAGCUUCUAUAUCGCCAUCAAACAGCCCUCUAGGGGCUCGCACCGUAUGGGGAACUGCCGCUAUUCCAACGCUCGCGCAGGAAGCACAUUUACAUUCCGGGGCUACAUCCUACGAUGGCUGGCUUGACGGUUGGGAGGAGGAGCUGUUGGCCCAACAGGAACACGAAUUACUGGCUCAAACGGCUGCCAGUGAAAACAACCCUCCUCCGCCCAGUGGCGGAAAGAAGAAAAAGAACAAGAAAAUUACACUCAUGUCAACCAACAUCCAGAGGGGUGCAUGACCUUUCUCUCUCAUCCUGUAACUAAUGAC